ACUGACAAGAGGGGGGGGGGAAUGGAGUUUGUGGUCCUCACACGCCCUUCUCUCUUUUUCACCUUUUCCCCUGAUUUCUGCUUCUCUUCGUCCUUGGCUUCUUCUUCUCCUUUGUCUCCCAAGGUCUUCUCCUUCUCCUUCUCCUUCUCCUCUGUCUGCUUCGUCAAUUCAGUCUGUGAUUUGGACGAAUGGAGGGGAUGAGCAGCCGGUACGAAGGGAAGAGGGGAGCCAGGGAGAAGGCGAAGAAGGAAGUGGUUCAAGUGGUUGAGGAGGAUCCAGAUGAGGAGGAGGAAGAAGAAGCUCUGGGUUAUGAAGAUGAUAAGAAGAAGAGGCCGGCUGUGACAUUUUCUGCUACUAGAAAGGGAUCCGGUGGAUGUGGUAGUGGUGGUGGUGGUGGGGUGUCGCCGCCUAGCUGUCAGGCUGAGAAGUGUAACGCUGAUCUGUCUGAAGCUAAGAAGUAUCAUCGUCGUCACAAGGUCUGCGAGCUUCACUCCAAAGCUCCUGUUGUUCUUGUUGCUGGCCUCCGCCAGCGCUUCUGCCAGCAAUGCAGCAGGUCCACUAUGUUCCAUGAACUAUCAGAGUUUGAUGAGGCAAAGAGAAGCUGCCGGAGACGUUUGGCUGGACACAACGAACGGCGAAGAAAGAGUUCAACUGACUCCCAAGGAGAAGGCUCCAGCCGCAAGGAAAACCAUUGCAGGCAGGCUGACCACAGUGGGAGGAUCCCAAUAACCCUCCAAGGAAAUGACUCUUAUAAACAUUUCCAGAUCAGAUAAGAUUAACUGUUCACUCUCAAGCAUGCUCUCUCUCUUCUGUCAUCCGAUGGCUUCCUUUCAUGCUGGUACUAGUGUUAUCUGUUCCAAUAUAUCGAAGAAUUGUAUCUAAAUCAAAUGCAAAACCUAACAGCAUGGUCAUAUCCAUCUCAUGGUCAUGCCCAAGUGCUGGUUAUGGCAUUAGGUAGAAAUCGUUUUUCUCAGCUGUUCUUUAAAGUAGUGUUUCAUGUGGUGACCUUAUGUCUGACUAUCUAUUUGUGCUUCUUUCUAACUAAAUGAAUAUUUUCUAUUUUAUUAUGCCUGAGAAGGGCGACUGUAUAA